UAUAAGUAGCUCGUCGAAGAGCGCACGCACAAGUGUUUCAUGUUUUAAUUAAAUGUAUAAUUACGGUGUAUAAACUAAUCGGUGCGCGUAUAUGUAUAUAUAUAUUGAUACAUCAGUGCACAAGGGUUUCUUAACGUGGAUGAUAAAUACAAGCUUCUAAAUGAAAAUAUUCUGCGUAUAAUUGUAUUGACUUUCGCCCCGUUAAUUGCACGGUCUAAUUCGAGAUUGUUCAACGUUCGUUAACGUGUAUCGAUAUGUGUUAGAAAUGCAUCGUGUAUAUACUGUGAAAAAAUGAUCACGACCAACUUCAAGUUUUUCGAAACCCUUUUUAGGUGCGAUCUCCAGUGAUCGUGAGCGAAUCGGUUAGCGAGAGGGGUGUAAUAACAAAAUAAUUACAAUAAAAUACGGACAACAAAGUAUACGAUAAAAAUUAAACGACGAUGUGGGAUUGAAAUAAUUAACCUGUAUAACGAAAGAAAAAUCGUGUAAUAUAAAUCUCUCAACGAUAAGCGGGAUAAAGUUGGCAAGUUAAUGUUUUUGUUUCUCAAAUUUAACAAGUGCGGACAAAGUAUGUAUAAAACGAAUAUAACCGAUUUACUGCAGUGUUAAUAAUAUGUGAAAAGUAAAUCGAAAGUUUUGAAAAAUUUUCAAUUCCAGCCUCUUUCUUUUCCCGUCUCCGGUUUUUCUUCCUCCUCUUUUUUCCAUCGCCUUUCCCUUCCCCCUUUAUUUCUCUCUCUCCAUCUCUCUCUUCGAAGAUUCUUCGUUUCUGUUAACGAUAAACGGGCGAAUUCGAAUCGCGGUAGAAAUUAAAGAAAAUUUGAACCCCUUAAUUUUUCUCUUUCCAGUCACACAAGGAUCAGAGUUCCACGCGUUUAGUACCUACGUGUAGUGAAAUUGGAAUUAAGUGAUUACAUUAGCGAACCGAGCAACAAGUAUACAAGGCUCGGCCGGCCGCCUCAGCAGGGCAUCUGCUCUAUCUCCUCUCGGUGUUGUUACCCGCGAGAGGGGGAGAAAGUCGGCGAAGGGUUGCAGACGGCUGCCGAUCGAUCUGCGGAUUUCGUUCUCGUGAUUUCGUGGAUAUUUAAUCGUCGGAAAAAAAAGUGCGGGUUGAAAAGAAGGAGCGGGAGAAUUUUGGAAAAUGCAACCCCGCUGCAACCCCCGUAAAAGGACCUGAAACAGCCCCGCUGCAAAGUCUGACGAAUUUAAGGGGCGAUGGCGUGAUCGGCCGCGUUCCUCGCGAAUUGGAGUGUUUGUUCAGAGGAUGAUCAUCGGCGUGGCGGUGCUGAGAUGACCGCGGGGCGACCGGUACGGCUGCUGCUGCUCAACGCAAUCUCAACGAUUAUAACAGCGAUCGAAAACACCACUGCCAACUCCAUCCCCCUAAGAUUACGACAAUGCCGAGCGCCACGCACACGCCCUUUUCGCAAGGGAUGGGGAGCGUGGGUAGCAACGCGACGGGGACGACGGGGCCGUCGGCGACGACGAUGGGAUCACCGAAGGUGGCGUCGGUCCCAGAGCCGCCGCCGACCCUCAGCGAAAGAGAACAGCUCAAGAUCGAGUUCUACAAGACUUACGACGUGAUGACCGGCGUUCGCAUCGCCGCUACCCUCGGGGGAUUCUUCGGUCUGAUGGUCAUACUCGUUGUGUAUAAAAGCAGAUGUAAGUCCAGCAAGCAGCUCGAGGACCCUCAACUCACGGCGGCUGCGGCGGCUGCCGUGGCGGAAGCCGAGGCCGAGGAAAGGGCGCUUGCAGCAGCCUUGGAGGCGAUCGCCAGGUUACCGCCAAGGCCGGACCGCGGGCCGAGGCGCUCCUUGUGCGUCGAGGCGAGCUCGUCGCGCGCUGCCGCGGUUCCGAGGUUUGCGUCGGUCGGCGGAGGCGGCGGAUACGACGCUCUUCUUGCGCCCCCGAUGCGACAUCCACGGUUAGCAAUUUCGGGCGAUCAUCGUCGCUGCAGUUCCGUCACCUGCAGCAGCACGGCAAGUAGCUACCUCGAGCGAAGAGGAUCCGCCAUGACGAUGCCAUGCCUUCCACCGCCUUCUAGGUUCCCCAGGCACGCCGCUUACGACGAACCCUGGGAUCUCUACUACCCGAUCGACAUCCAGGUGAUCCAGCCGACCCCCGACAUGUCCCCGUGCGGAAGCGAGGCUGGCCUCUACGCCGGGGCGAUGGGAAUGGGUCCCCCGGGUCGUCGGGCGCCCUUGGCUUCGAUGGGUAGCGUCGACCCGCCCGACCCGGACUCCAGGUCACUGGGUUCGGAUUCAGUCUUCCUCGGCGAGGAAGAGCUCGACGUUAUGCGAGAGGACUGCGAGUGCCUCGACACCGAGGACGAGGUCUCGGGCUUCUCGACGGACUCCGACACUCCGGGGCCGAGCUGUCGACGAUUCUUGAGGGUUCCACCCAGGCGGAGACAGCUACCGGAAAGAUGGGACGGCGCCGCUGGUUGCGUGCCCAGGCGACGAGCCAGCGCGCCUCCGAGACCCUGUAGAACCUGCCUUACGAUCAGCGCUUCCGUCGAGACGCCGAGAUCGCCGCCCACGGCGUCAACGACGAGCAGCAGCAACAGCACCGAGUCGCCGCCUCACACACCCCCGAUAGAGCUGAGGCAUCGGCCCCCGGUAACUCUGCCAUCCGCGCCGCCCGCCUGGUCCCAGGAGACGCUUUUUUAAUUACAUUUAUUCGUGCACAGGCAAUUCGCAGGGUUGAAUUUAGGAUAUUCGGGAUGAAGAGAAAAUGAUGUAGAAAAAAAAAUUAAAACCGGAGGGUAUUGUAGGACGAAAACGAACGACAGACGAACGAAAUUGUAUCGCUCGCAAAUGGCGGAGAGGUAAAGAGAUAUAUAUUUCAAUUGUUAUUUUUGAUGGGAAAAAAUUUGUUUCUUUUUUCAAGCUAUUUUACCUUUUUAUGAAAAAUUUCGCCCUAUUGUCGCAGACUUCGCCUCCCUGCAUUAACUGUACGUAAAUUCGAUCCUGCAGGAUAUUUUCAAAUACGUAUAAUAUGUGUAGAUACAUUACAUACAUUACAUACGCAUAUAUGUGGGGUGGCCUGUAGGGGUAAAUGCUAAUUGAAUUCAGUCCGAACAAAUUCCACGCUCUAUACGCAUACAUAUAGGUAUAUAUUUUUCUUCCAACUAUGCGUACAGCCGCUAUCUGGGGUGGAAAAAACUUUCCUCGGUUAAAAAUAAACUAUAGGUAUGAAAAUAUACGCUUAUAUUUUUUUUUUUUAUAAAGUACCCGCCUGUACCGAUGAAAAAAUGCUCAUCACGUAGCUACCCGUAUGAUUGAAACUGCGGGAUAAAUUUACCGGAAUACCGCAGAUUAUGUUACGCUGAGAAAGAAGACGGAUAUAAAAAACACAUCCCUUGUUGUUGCUCGGCGAAGAAUUGAAUUAACGACAAUGACUUUAUACUUUGGGUAAAUUCGUUUCGUUCGUAAAGAGAAGUAUAUAUGUUGAUUACGCCACAGUUUCACCCGACUUCAUGCGUAAUAAGAUUUUCUUGAAAACUUGGCCACCCUCACUGUAUAUAUAAUCAUUUAGCGUCGUUGUUCAAGACUGUCUAACGAAAUAAUAUUGUAUAAUGUGUAAUACGUAGCGGCAUUAAAACGAAGUGAAGAUAAUUUGUUAAUGCUGAAAAAUGUGGGGGGAGAAAAUGAGAAAAAUUGAAUAAUCGCCAUGAAACAGCAUUACUAUGCAAUAAACCGUACACUAAUAUUACAUUACGCAAUUAACGCGAUACACGCGACACACCAACACUGGUUUUCUCAUUUAUCUAUACCCGGAUGAUUGAAUCGUUGCGAUGAGGUUGCAACACGUGUAUAAUUCACAACACUGAGAGAAAUUUUUAGUUCCGGUUAACGCUCAGUCCUCAACUAUUUUCAUUUUUUACCAGAAU